AUGUCUCGAGUAAGAUGGACCACGCGGUGCCGCAGGCGACUCCGCAAACUCCGUCGUCGCCUCUUCCGCAGGCGCAAAGGGGGCCAGCAAGAAGAGGAAGAAGAAGACGACACCGGGGUAACCGAGGUAUGCACCCCCGGGAUCCCACCACACUCAGAGUCGUCGCCAUCGCCACCACCGGUGGGCGCGGCACCCACAUCGACGACCCCUAGUGUUCCAAUCCUCAGUAAGCACGGCCGCCCACCAUCCAACUUCUUCCCACCAUGCCGCUUAUACCAAAACCUUCGCCAACCUGCAGGCGAGGAGACUUCGUCGCACACCGGGCCCCAGGGCCUCCCCGUUCCGCCUUCAGGAACGGCUGCAUCGAGGGGUAGACUCUUCAGGCUACCGAGCAUCUUCAGCAGACGGUCAGGCCCCGGGACACCUGCUGGGCAACCUAGGAAGCUCACCAAGCCUCAACCCAAGGACAACAACGAAGGGGAGAACGUGACUGCACCGCAGAGCCAAGCAUACCAGUCUCUCCUAGACCCGCCUGCUCCGCAGAGACAAGCACAGCCGUCUGCUCAAGGUCCGCCUGUACCGCAGAGUCAAGCAUAUCAGUCUCUCCUGGACCCACCUGCUCCGCAGAGUCAAGCACAGCCAUCUCCUCCAAAUCCGCCUGCACCACAGGUCCAGGCAUACCAGUCUCUGCUGGAACCACCUGUUCCGCAGAGUCAAGUACAGCCGUUUCCUCUAAAUCCGCCUGUACCGCAGGGCCAGGCAUAUCAAUCUCUCCUAGACCAGCCGACUACCCAGAGCCAAGCACAGCCGUCUCCUGUGGAUCCGCCUCAAUCGGGGAACCAAGGCGAAGGGAAGAGUGCAGUUGUAUCGCAGAGCCAGGCAAGUCAGUCUCUCACAGGCCCAUCUAUAUCACAGACCGAGUUAUAUAAGUUUCUCACAUCCCCGGCUGAGCCGCAGACCCAGAACCAAGCACCUGAGUUUCCCGCCGACGAGUCUCCCGCCGACCCAGACUCUUCUGAUUCCGGGAGCGGGAGUGGAGGUGGGAACAAGAAUACGGUGGUGACUGGCCCCGGCGGCACACAGGGAGGAACACAGAACCAGGCUGGCCUCGAAGGCGGCAGUGGGGAUGGGAACGAGAAUGUGUUGGUGUUUAACUGGAGGGUGAGCGCCGUACAGGGGGGGGGGACACAGGAAGGCGGGACCCAGGCUGGGCCGAGCAGUACUCAGGGAGAAACGGGGACUCAAGCUGGGGUAGAAGGCGGCGGACUACGACCACCCGAGGACCCAGAGUACGACAGCGCUUCCGUUUAUAGCAGCGAAUCACAUGAGGAACAUCGUCAUGAACGGGCGUCCACCAACCACACCCUUUACUUUGAGGCGGGCAAAGAACUAUUUAAACAGUACUCGGCUGAGAAUGGAGGGCCCAAGUAA